AUGGUCUUCAAGUUCACCGUCCUCUCCGUCCUCGUGGCAGUUGCCAAUGCCGGAAACAUCGCAGCUCCUUUGAAUUAUCCCGCUCCAGUAGGUGCCCCCUUGGCUUAUUCGACCGGCUUUGCAGCUCCCGUUGUGAAAACUCUUUCUGCGGGCCCAGCUGUUUACUCUGGCCUAGUUCCUCAGUACGCUCAAUACGCCGCCUACGCUGCCGCCCCAGUUGUCAAAGCGCCAGUUGCCUACGCUGCUAAUCCAGUUGCAUAUGCAUCAGCGCCCCUCGCCUACGCUUCAGCGCCCCACUACGGAUACGCCGGCGCCCCUCUGACCGCUCCUUUGGGAUACCACGCCAAAAUCGCUGCUCCUCUCCAGUAUUCUGCACCCGUCUACGGCUAA